UGCUCACACAGGCUUUAUCAUGGCUUCCUGUUGUAUAAAAUAGAUAAAUUCCGAAAUUUAUGAUCUUUCAAUGCCAUCACCAUUGAAUUCCUACCGCCUAGGCGGUUUCCUCCUCAUCAUAAAAUCUCAUUGUAUAUGAUACAUGGCUUCUUGUUCUCAUUUAAAUCAAUUUACAAAGGACGGUGUACCUGUUUAUCGUAAGAUAUGCGCCUGGUUCAUUUGCCCAGCCACAAAGAAAACACGACGUGCGAAGUCGUCUCGAAGCUGUCAUCAAUGUGGAACGACCUCAAAUCGUUUACACGCCUGCUUACAUUGUAUUUAUUUUGGAUGUUAUUCUGGGCUUAAACACAUCCAUUCUCACUCAAAGCAAGAAGGACACAAGCUAGCUGUUGACUUGACAUAUGGUGUAGUUUAUUGUUUUGUCUGUGGUGAUUAUGUUCAUAAUGAAAUUUUGGAAAAAGUUCUCAGUGAAGAGAAAGCAAAGGCAUGGAGAUCAUAUGGAAACAAAACUGCUUUAUAUGAACGUUGGUUACCUGGAAGAGAUGACGUCAAACUUUUAAAACGAAAUGUUAAAUAUCAACGUAUUUGUGACAAUUCAAUAAUUGGUCUUCGAGGCUUGAUAAAUUUAGGCAACACUUGUUUUAUGAACUGUAUUAUUCAAGCAUUUACACAUACUCCUUUGUUACGAGAUUAUUUUCUUGCCGAUCAACAUAAAUGCAAAAAACAAGAUGGUUCAUGUAUUGUAUGCGCGAUGGUUGCUCUUUUUCAAGAGUUUUAUUCUGGGGAAAGAACACCUCUCAUUCCAUACAAACUACUCCAUCUUGUAUGGACAAAUGCAAGGCACUUAGCUGGUUAUGAACAACAAGAUGCUCAUGAAUUUUUCAUCGCUGCAUUAGAUGUUCUUCAUCAGAACUGUAAAGAAGACAGUGAUAGUUCAAGUCAGAGUGAAAAUUCUCAGCAAUGCAAAUGCAUCAUCGAUCGAAUUUUUACUGGAGGAUUACAAUCGCAAUUAAAAUGUCAAGUUUGCAACUCUGUAUCAACAACCAUUGAUCCGUUCUGGGAUAUCUCGUUAGAUUUGGGAAAUUCUUUGAAUAACAAUAGUGGUAAAACGAGCUCUUUCAUCAACUCAACAGGAUCGGUUCCCAGUCCCACACCAUCAGAUGAUUAUUUAUUGUCGUGUACUCCUCCUGAUGUGGAUCAGUUGGAUGAGAGUUUUGUACCAAAUUCUUUAAUUGAGUGCCUUAAGAGAUUCACUCGUGUUGAAAAGUUGGGAAGUGAAGGAAAGACAAGAUGUAGUAAAUGUCAAAGUUAUCAGGAGGCAACAAAGCAACUGUCAAUGAAGAAAUUACCUAUUGUUGUUUGUUUUCAUUUGAAGAGAUUUGAACAUUCAAAGAAAUCCAAGAAAAUAUCUUCUUUUAUUCCAUUUCUUGAACUCGACAUGGAACCGUUUAUGUCCUCAAGGUUCGAAAAAUUUUACUCCUUAUCCACGACGCUUCGGUUCUUUAAAUAUUCCUUAUUUGCUGUCGUCAAUCAUAGUGGUACAUUAGAAGUUGGUCACUAUACAUGUUUUGUAAGACAGAAAAAAGAUCAGUGGUUUAAAUGUGAUGAUGCAUGGAUAACUAAGGUCACCGUUCAAGAAGUGUUGAUGAGUGAGGGGUAUUUAUUAUUUUACCACAAACAGAUUUUGGAAUAUGAAUAUUGAUGUUCACGAAGAUAUUGAAGAACUUUGUGAACGAUUCAUUGAAAGUAUGACUUUCUCACAUUUAUACGUAAUGUAAAUAGACCGUGUUUUUUCACGCAAAAUUUCUAAUGGAAAAAUCUUUACUUUUGAGGCA